AUGGCGAAGCAGACCCUCGCAGACAUCCUCCCCGCCGCGCCGGAGCCGGUCAGCCCCCUCGCCAACUACCGCAUGCUUUCGCCCACCGCCUCGGUCCGCGUGAGCCCGCUGUGCCUCGGGGCUAUGAACCUGGGCGACGCCUGGAAGGGGUACAUGGGCGAGUGCGACAAGAAGACGGCCUUUGAGCUGCUCGACUACUUUGUGUCCCAGGGCGGCAACUUUAUCGACACGGCCAACAACUACCAGGACGAGCAGUCGGAGCAGUGGAUCGGCGAGUGGAUGGCCGAGCGCGGGAACCGUGACCAGAUUGUGCUCGCGACCAAAUAUACUACGAAUUACCGCGCCGGCCGCGGCAGUAAGGAAGUGAUCAUCAAUUACCAGGGCAACGGCAGCAAGAGUCUGCACAUGAGCGUUCGGGACAGCUUGAAGAAGCUCAAGACCGAUUACAUUGAUUUGAUCUGGGUUCACUGGUGGGACUUCUCUACAGGCACGGAGGAGCUCAUGCAAAGUCUCAAUCAUUUGGUCGCGUCCGGAAAGGUAUUGUACCUGGGGGCCUCGGACACACCUGCUUGGGUGAUCAGUAGAGCCAAUGAGUACGCUCGACAGCAAGGACUGCGCCCCUUCUCGGUCUUCCAAGGGCGUUAUUCAGCUGCGAGUAGAGACCUAGAGCGGGAUGUAAUCCCAAUGUGCCGCGCCGAGGGCAUGGGCAUCUGCCCCUGGGGCGCGCUGGGUGGCGGCAAGUUCAAGUCCGAGGAGCAGUGGAAGGCGGCGGAAAAGGACGGCGGGCGCGGGGUCCAGGCCUCCGAGGCCGAGAAGAAGGUCAGCAAGGUCCUCGAGGACAUUGCCAAGCGCAAGGGCACGCUCAUCACCAGCGUCGCCCAGGCGUACGUCAUGCACAAGACGCCGUACGUCGUGCCCAUCGUGGGCGGGCGCAAAGUGGAGCACCUCAAGGGCAACAUUGAGGCGCUCAACCUCACGCUGUCCAGGGAGGAGAUUGACGAGAUCGAGGCGGCGGUUCCGUUCGAUAUCGGCUUUCCUGGGUCCAUGCUCUGGGCUGGGGGCAAGUUGCCCGAACAUAUGGGAGAAGUUAGCCUCCUCGCCAUGGGUGGUCGUACAUUGUACGAGCCGACAUAUGUGUCAAUCCCAGCAGCCAGAUCCGCGAGCAAGCAGUAA